AUGGCGGGCAAGGCAGACAAGAAGCAGGCCGCAGCCAACACGGCAGCGUUGCGCAGGCUGUACACGUAUGUCGUUCCAGCAGUCAUACUGAGCGCACUACGGCAGCUGGUGUUUGGCGAUGCCAGCGUGGCUCGGUAUGUGCUGUGGCAUGUGCCGCUUGCAGGGGCACUGUACACCCUCGAGCGUAGCGGGCGGCCGCACUACGAUGGCGGGCGGUUAGCGCGCGUCGGCGUGGCGCUGGACGCGUCGUCCGGCCUAACGGGCGCGCUGUUCGACGUCGUGUACACGUCGGUGGCGUGCGACGCGGUGGCGGCCGCGCUGGGGACAGCGGCACAGUGGUGGCUGCUGUUCGCGUGGCCGGUGUACUGGGCCUAUGGCGGCUGGCGCAUGUUGCGGCCGGCACGUACCUAG